AUGUCUCACAACUGCACUCUUCCAGAAGAUAAAAAAGAAAAAAGCAGGUAUGAAAAUAAUUGGAGGAAUUUAAUUUUAAUAAGCGGAGUACAUCCAAGAACUUCAGAGAUUUUCCAAACAAAAAUGGAAAUAGAAGCUGAAAGGCAAAGACAUUUAAACUCUAAAUAUAAAUUUAUGAUUCACCCGUUUAGUAAAUUCAAGAUUUAUUAUGAUAUUUAUUUUCUUGUUGUCAAUGUUGUGAGCACGCUUGUGUGCGUGGAUUUAAUGACAAAGAACCCAUAUGAAGCCCAAACAAGAAUAUUCGUAACAGCAUAUGCGAUUCCACAUUGGUUGGACGUGAUUAUGUACUUUUUGACCGGAAGGAUUAAAGAUAAUAGGCUGGAUGUGGUAUUGAAUCCCAAAAAAGUUUGCAAAAUGUACUUGAAAUCGACUUUUAUAAUAGACUUUACAUUUGUAUUUACAAUAUUGAUGGUAAAUUGGUUUGCUAAUGAGGUAGAAGGAUGCGAUGUUACCUUGAAAGUUCUGGUUUUCUUGCAAUUAUUUAGCAUGCCCUUAAGAAUUAAUAAAUUUAUGCUUGUAAUGGACUUUUUAAAAAUUCAAAUUAAAGGUUUUUAUUCGUGCAUUUUUGGAAUAGUCUAUUAUUGGUGGAUGAUUGACAUGCUGGCAGAUUACAAAAUUAUGCUUACAAAAUUUAUAAUCCACUUUAAUUAUAGUGACGAGACCUUCCGCAAUCAAUCAACGACGUACAGAUAUGAAACAAGUGGAAUGGAAUAUUUUACUAGAUCUUUAAAUAGGCAUAUUCAAUGUUUUUACUGGUCCAUGACAAUGGUUUCGGAGGAAAUAAUAAUUUGGUUUGAACAAUUAAUUUGUUUUUUGUUUAUUGUUAUAGGCUCUGUUGCUCAUUUAUUUAUGGUUAUAAUUAUUCUAUUGUAUAUUCUAUCCAAAUUUGAAUCAAGGACGAAAUUCGACAGUCUUUUAAACCAAGUUGAGAACUACGCUGAAGAUAAAAAGUUACCAAAACCAAUUAAAGACAGGCUCAUGCAAUAUUAUACGCAUAAAUUCCGAAAUAGAUAUUUUAACGAAGCCAACAUUAUGUCAAUGUCAAGCGAUGGUCUUGUAGAGGACGUCCACAAGCAUAUUUGUAGAAAAGUAAUUAGAAUACCCUUUUUUUCACCGUUAACACAAAAAGAAAUUAGUUCGAUAUUAAAAUAUUUUGAAGUUGAACUUUACAUGCCCAAAGACAUCAUAUAUUAUAAUGGUUCACUGGUAGAUUAUAUAUACUUUAUAUCCAGUGGUACCGUUGCCGCUUAUACCAUAUCAGGCUUAGAAGCUUAUCACUUAGGAGACGGUGAUUUUUUUGGAUUUUUGGAUAUUAUUGGUAGUGAAUUUAGACGAGAAACCACCACCAUCUCUUUGGAGAUUACCGAAAUAUUUAAGAUACGAUAUCAACAUGUUUUUGAACAUUUUAAUAAUUUUCCUGGACUUUUACGUUCAAUGGAAAUUGAAUCUAAAAAAAGAAAGUCGAUUAUUCAAGAUUUGGAAAAGAAGUUUAAAGAAAGUAUUUUGAAGACCAAAUUCAAUUCAAUUGCGGAAUACCCAGAACAAUAG